UCAAAAUAUUGCGCAAUCCCGAUUUGUUGUAAACAUGCUGGAGCUGCAGUUUUCGUCUGACAAUUAUGACUGCAAUAUCGAUCUCAUUUCUCUUCGACGAUAAGCAGAUUGAACAUUGUGUGUGGAUAGUUAGUCAGCCGUCAUUGGUUACCUCCCAAUGUCCCAAAAUAAUAGGGGUCGAGCAAAUCCUGAGAAUUGACACGCGAUCGCAGAAAAAAUGGGUGUUCAAAAUUUGUGGCAGAUUUUGGCUCCCGUGAAAUCAACGGAAUCCAUCGAUGUGUUGAAAGGGAGGACCGUCGCAGUGGAUCUAGCGAUAUGGCUCGUUGAGAGUCAAGUCACUGGAAUCAAAAUGAUGCAAGGCAGAGUCAUCAAACCCCAUCUAAGGAACCUCUUCUUCCGGGUUUCCAACUUCCUUCGGCUUGGCGUGAAGUUGGUGUUUGUCAUCGAUGGGACUCCACCAGAGCUUAAAUGGGAGGAGAUUGCUCGAAGGAAUGAAGCCAGAGUUGGAGGAGGAUGGAGAGGAAAAGAUCGGAGAAGAGGAAGAGGAGGAGGAGUGAAGAAGGCCUCAAGGACCCACUUCACAUCUUGGUUGAAAGAGUGUCAAGAGCUAUUAGAACUGAUGGGCGUACCCUGUAUACAAAGCAAGGGGGAAGCAGAAGCCAUGUGUGCUGCCCUCAACAGUGCAGGGAUGGUUGAUGGCUGUAUGACAGAAGAUGGUGAUGCAUUUCUCUAUGGAGCUCAAGUUGUUUAUAGAAACCUAAAUAUGUCUACAGGAGAGGUGGACUGUUACAGUAUGGAUGAUAUCAGGAAAGAUCUAAACUUGGACCGAAGGCGGUUGAUAGCUCUGGCCAUUCUUCUCGGAUGUGAUUAUCUGCCUAAAGGUGUACCUGGGGUUGGAAAGGAGGUUGCUAUGCGGUUUAUGAACUCUCUACCCAGCUGUGCUGAUCCCCUCAAUCUAUUCCAAUCCUGGAGAGGAGGUCGUGAUUCAGAUUCUCAGACCAGUGAAGAAAGAAGUGUCAAAAAAAAAUGUCUGAGAGUUGAGGGAUUUCCCAACGAUGAUGUCAUCAAGGAAUUCCUUCAGAACAAAGAGAAGCCAUCUACCUGUCAUAUGGAAUGGAAAAGACCUCUUCUACUUCACCUAAUGCAAUUCAAUUUGGUGAAGAUGGAAUGGCCCGUUGUGUACACCCAGGAGAAGGUCGUUCCUCUGGUGACCUUGUAUGACCUCACCCAUUUGACCUCUGACCCCAAAGGUCGUCUGCAUCCUGCCUCUAUUGUCAAGCUCAGAGUUCGGCAAGGUGUACAGUGUGUAGAAGUCAAGUGGCAUAAACCUGAAGAGCACAAGGAAAAUGAUGAGGAUCCUGAUUCCUUUUACACCACGGUGGAGGAGAGAGAACGGUUUGCAUCGGCCCAUCCAACGAUGAUGCAAGACUUUGUGGUCGCCAUGGAAACAAAGAAAGUUAAAGGAAGAGGAAAGAAGAAGAGAAAUCCAUCUUUAUCUUCACAGCAGGAAGGAUUGAUGGCUGAUGAAGCUUCCCAGCAUGCAUCUGAGACCAAUGUACCAGUAAUCUUUGACCCACAGCUUGCUCCCAAGGUCAACCCCGAGCCACCACAGAUUCCAAGUUAUCCUGGAAUCAAACAGGAUGGGAGGGAAACCACCAGUGUUUUCGAUGAUGAUGAUGAAAUGAUGAAAAGAUUGAUUAGCCUUUCGCUUUAUGAUGGUGGAACAAGAGCCGAAGAAGGGAAUGAAAGAAGAGGAAAGGAAGAACAAAGGUGCCAGAAAGAUGAUGCAAUGCAAAAGAGGACACACAGGCGGAAGAAAGAGACACAGAAUCGCGCGAAGAAAAUCAGUCGGAAAAAGGAAAGCUCAAAGGGGAAGGAUAAUGCAGAGGACUGCUCUUCAGUCCAACUGACCCAGGAAGGAAUACCCUCUAUGAAAAGUACCUGUCAAGUAGAUGCUCGUUUUGCCAAUGGUCUAGGAACUGAAGAGACUGUGAAGACCAUACCUGACAUCCUAAAAGUAGUCGAGGACAUUGACAAAGAAGGAAAUGAAAGGAGGAAAGAGUUAGAAGAAGAACAAUCAUUUAUAGAGGUCUUACCGCUGUCUCAAAGACUUGGUUCCCAAUCUUUGCAGGGAUUCAUCCCUAACUCUAGGAGAAAUAGAAAAAUUGAUUCAGGUAGUGCCUUAAAGAAUGCAAAACAAUGUGCGAGUCUUUCGUCAACAGAUGAUGAAUCAGAGGAAGGAAUUGAUGAAACUUUGCAUUUUCCUGAGGAGACACCAGAGACUGAUGGAUCAAGAUUGGUACACUUUACCAAGACCAAAAAUAGAGACCUUAGAUUGUAUUCAUCAAAAGCAUGCGCUGAGUCUCCUCAACCUUCCAUUGUUGCUGCGGGAAAAUAUGAAGGAUGCUCUUCAGAGGGCUCCAUAGAUCAAAGGCAAAUCGGCGUCAGGGAAGCUCUGAAUAUCAUACCACCUAAUGGCUUCAAAGACAAGCUAAAACCGACUCCAGCUUGCAGGGAAGAUAUUACAAUAAAUGAUCGUCACACCCAACCUCAUUCACCAAACUUAACUGAUGAAGUCAUAGAUUUGACUGGAGACAGCCCUUUAAGUGACCAAAGAACAUCCUCUGUAUAUUCUUCAGAGGGUGUGGAGUCUACUUCUCACCGGUUACCAUCAGGAAGAUUCUUUGGCAUCAAGCACAGUAGUUCAGAUGAAAUUGAUUUUGAUGAAGACAGUUCCCACUCUUUAGAAGACUUUACUACCUGUCAGGAAAAGCCUGAGCCUGAAACAAUUUCCUCAGUGGCCUUUGGUCAUGAACAGUCAAGAUGUAGGAUUGGUCACAAUCAAUUCAUGAAGUUAGACAAUAGCUUGGCAAAGUUUAUGAAUGAGCUGAGCCUUGUCUCAAAAUCUGCAACAGGAUUUGCAAGCUUUUUGGAAGGUGAUGAUUCUGUUUUUGUCAUUGAGGAUGCGGAGUGUUGCUUAGAGGAUGGGCAAGAGAUCACUAAAAUUGAUGAAAGAAAUGGGGACAAGAUGAAGGGACUUAACAACUCUUAUCAAUGUUCUGCACGAAGACAGUCAAGCAAAGGCCAUGCAAACCCUCCUGUGCUAGAAGGAAGUGAUGUUGUUUGUGAUGAGGAGGUAACUGUCAAAGUAUUACAAAGUGAAUCUACCAAGACAGGAGAAGUAGGAGACAUACCAAAGGAUCAUGAACAAGAUAGGACAAAUAAUUACCAGGACUCUUCAGACGAAUCCAGACUUCCAAUAGAGUUUACGCUUGAAAAUGGGGAAACCAGGAAAGUUGGUGAAAAGAUAGUCCAUGCUGAAAUAGAGAACAUAGCUGUUUCUAAACAACCUCAAGGAAAGAUGAAAGAGAAAUCUUGUACUGGACGAAUCAGAAAGACGAGGAAGCGUAAGGCAAUGACAAGAAACUCUUUACUGAUUGAAAAUGACCUUCUAAAGAUCCUUCAGACAAUGAGUCCUGUAACUGGUCAGUCAAGUUUACCUGGGCAACAGGAGACUGUACUGCCAUUAGAGUAUGCUCAUGCAGCUGAAGAUCUUAGUUUGUGUUCAUCAAACAUAGAUUUCAAACAGGGAUGUUCAGGUUUAUCGGCAAUAACCCUUUCCUCACGUUUUCCAACAUCAGCAUCUUCAUCAUCACAUCACGUAGAGUCGCAACAUGAAACUAUAGAUUCAUGCACAACACCUUCAUCAUCUGCAUCUUUUAUGUCUGGAUCCAUAUCAACUAUUACCCCGACCUUGCCAAGGACAAUUGCUACUGCAAACUCGAAAUGUAGCACCUUGUCCAUAUCUGGGGAGCCACAGCCAACGAUUACCAACUCCUCCCAAGAACCCCAUGUAGCUUCUCCAUCCACCAAGUCAUCUCAUCUGCUCCGAGAACAACUCUUGUCAAUGUUAAGCCAACUCACCCCGGGGGAUUCUCCUUUGAUGGGUACCAAAGUUAUACAAAAGUCUCAAGACUUGCUCCCAUCCUGCGUUGGAAGCCAGAAAUCCAGUGGCGUAGGUUCGCAAAAAGUUGUCAAAGAUGAUCCAGCGCACGCCACAAGAGAUACCCUCAUGACAUCAACUCAGCAUAACCAUUUCCAACAAAUCAGUACUACUAGAACUAAUAGAAAAUGUGAAUGUGAUUCAGUGAAUUCAAACGUUUGUGGAGAAGAAACAAAAUCUUCCCCAAAAUUAUGUAAAGGAGAUAAAUGUAAGCCGAAGCCCACACAGGGGUCUUAUUCGCGUGUAGGGGAAUCUGUAUCCCACAACGUCUGCAAGCCAAGGACAGAGCUCAAACCAAGAAGUCACUCACAGCCAUCAGUUGGUCCUGAUGUAACUACCAAGCGAAGCAGGUCUAAGCCAAGGAGCUGCUCACAGCCUGUCAGGUCCAGGACUAAGUCUCGAUCAAAGAAAUCUUUGAGGGGGUCUCAGAAACGAGAAUCCAUGCUCGCUAUGGAGAGCAAUCUUGGCAAGAUUUUGGAAGGACUUAGCAGCCCUCUUUGAAGGAAGCAGUGAUAUCUAUGUGUACAGUACAACACAACUUCUUAAUUUGAAUUUUUAAAAAAAGGGGGAAUCAUCAAAAUCCUAUGUAAUAUAAGAAACUGUUGCACCAAUAUGCCCGGCACAGACACACUAAACAGUAAGACCAGAACUGCUCAUGUAGCACUUACAUCCUUAUCUAAGGGGGCAACAUUUUGAUAAUGUGGUCUCGUGGAGCAUUGUGGCCCAGUGGAUUAGUCUUCGGACUUUGAAACAGAGGGUCGUGGGUUCGAAUCCCAGCCAUGGCG